UUUGAAUCGUACCAGUGAAGGUUGUUUUGAACGCCUCUUAUAUUUCAGCAAAAAACUAGCGUAUUAAUCGUGCUUUCGUAAAAGCAACAUAGUAGUAAUGUAAAUGUUUGUCAAACGAGUAUGAAAGCCGUAUUGACCGCUUGACUGUAGGGUUUACUCCGCAAUGACAGAGAUUCUACGCAGACUCCACGGUUGCUUUCUAAAAGUGGCCCUGUUCCCCAGCACCUUUGGGAAUAAAGCGCCUCGUCCUGCCGCUUCUGAAGUACUAACAUGUCACCUCACUCAACGCGCGCUCCCGCCAUGGACGUCAUUCUGCGUGCGCUACCGUGAUGUCAUCAACGACCAGUUCGGUCUGUCCAACUUCAACUGGCAGGUGCAGGGAGCGAACUACCACAUCCUCAGGACCGGUGCUUUCCCUUUUAUUAAAUACCACUGCACCAAAGCACCUCCACAGAACCUGGAGUUUGAAAAUAAGUUUUUCGGCGCAUUGAAAGUCAUCAAUCUAGGUAUCCCAUGCUUGGCAUAUGGCUUGGGUUCAUGGAUGGUAGUUGGAGUGACAGAGACUGUUCAGACCUCUGCAGGACCUGUUAUUGUUUACUUUGCAUACAAGGAGGUGGAGGGUGCUCAGUUUUAAUAUUAGAGACACAAUGAGUAUUUGAAAUGAAGGACUUGAGUGUCACAAGAAAAUGUUCGUCAUAGAAUCUCUGAAAACUUGUGCGAAUGGCCAAGCGUGACCUAGAAUGUACGAAUGCACUUUUGCACAAAAAAAAGAAAUUAAAUUAUUAAUUUUCAA